GCGUGUUUGUGUGGAUUGACAAUGAAAAUCAUGUGAAGUUUUAUUGGAUUGUUACAAACAAACCUCGUGAAACAAACAAAUACUUUAUUUGUCAAUCACGGUGCCCAAAAUGAGCAGAAUAAUUACAAUAUAAUUUUUCAAACAUAUAAAAUAUAUAAGUAAAAUAAAAACAGGUUAUAUACAAAUUAUAACAUGAUUAGUUUUGGUUUUAAUACAUGUAUUGUAUAUGUGUGUAUCGGUAAUGCUAUUUAUAGACGUUAAAGAUGGUUAAUGCUGUUGACAAGUAAACGGAUAGUGAUCAUAUCUUUAGAUAUUCCAAAGGAUGUCGAUAAAACAAUUAGCAAUUUACAUAUUUUUUAUCCAAGCUAAUUCUGCUAAAUACACACCGAAUUGGAAAUCUUUAGAUUCUAGACCUUUACCGCCAUGGUACGAUCAAGCAAAAUUUGGUAUAUUUAUCCAUUGGGGUGUAUUUUCAGUUCCAAGUUUUCAUUCGGAAUGGUUUUGGAAUUAUUGGAAAUUGCAGAAAAUUCCAGAUGUUGUUUCUUUUAUGGAAAAGAAUUAUCCACCGGAUUUUACAUAUGCUGAUUUUGCUUCACAGUUUACUGUAGAGUUUUUCAAUCCACGGGAGUGGGCGGACAUAUUACAGGCCUCGGGUGCACGAUAUGUUGUCCUAACCAGCAAACACUGCGAAGGGUUCACAAACUGGCCCUCAAAAUACUCCUUCAACUGGAACUCCAAUGCCACGGGUCCUAAUAGAGAUUUAGUUGGCGAACUUUCCAGUGCCAUACGAGAAAAAACGAAUUUAAAAUUUGGAUUAUAUCACUGUCUUUCUGAAUGGUUUAAUCCACUUUACCUCAGUGACAAGGAAUCCAAUUUUACAACACAAGAUUUUGUAAAGUUUAAGAUUAUGCCCGAGCUUUAUGAACUGGUCAGCAAAUAUAAACCAGAGGUGCUUUGGUCUGAUUUGUGUGAGAAAAAAGGACCUGCAUCCUAUUGGACUUCAAGGGAAUUUCUUACAUGGCUUUACAACGAAAGUCCAGUGAAAGAGUCAGUUGUAACCAAUGACCGUUGGUGUGAUGUUUGUUUGUGUAAACAUGGCGGAUAUCACACAUGCACAGACAGAUACAACCCAGGUACAUUGCAGAAGCAUAAAUGGGAAAACUGUAUGACAAUAGAUCGGAGGUCAUGGGGAUAUCGUAGAAAUGCAAAUAUUGAAGAUUACUUAUCUGUGCAUGAAAUUAUUACAACUUUCGCAUCGACAAUCAGUUGUGGUGGAAACAUGUUAAUGAAUAUUGGUCCAACCAAAGAGGGUAUACUUAUGCCGGUAUUUGAAGAAAGACUUCGACAGUUUGGUAGCUGGCUGAAAGUAAAUGAGGAGGCUGUAUAUGGAUCUGUGCCAUGGAGUCAUCAGAAUGAUAGCUUAACCAAAGAUAUUUGGUAUACAAUGCGAAAAACUGAUAAUGAUGGAACUGUUGUUUAUGCAAUAUUGCUGUCAUGGCCAGUGCAGUCUGUGUUGAAGUUAUUUGAGCCUUUAGCAACACCUGACACACAAGUAACCAUGCUUGGUUAUCAGGGAAAAUUUAGCUGGAUUCCUGGACUUGAAUAUCAAGGAAUUUAUGUCAAUAUGCCAAUGAUAUCAUGGAAUAAACUGCCUUCUCAGUGGGCCUGGGUAUUUAAAUUGACGUUUAUUGACAAUUAGUCUUCUUAUUAACAAAUAAGAAACGGACUCUACCACCAGUCACCAUCAGUCUGUGUACUAAAGAGGUAGCCAGCUAUGCAACCGUAUUAUUAUAUCAACAAGUGAAAUGUCCAAAACGAAAGAGGAAUUUGUAUAGGACAGAUAUGUCUUGUCAUGCACUUUUCCCGAACGUAUUUGUUUGUAGCAAAACAUAGAAGGAGCUGUUAGUCAUGGAUAAAACUAGCAUCAUAUCAAGCUGAGUUUCACAAAUUUUGAAUGUUUGCAAACUUCGGAAAUAAUAUUUGUUUGAUAAUAUAAAUGUGUCAAUUUUUAUUUACAGGAACAUCAAUAGAGAAAUUGGUUUUGAUAUGCAUAAUUUUGAAUACAGCUUCAAUUUUUUAACAACAUUCCAAAAUAAAUUUUUAAAAAUCUGUUGAUAAACGAGCAUCACAUUAUUUGAUAGAUACAGCUUCUGUAUUAAUAUAUCACUCACUUGAGUUCUUAAGAAAAGCCAUUUCAUCGCCCUUUACUCCAUCAUUCCUUUCUUAUAUACAAUUGUUGUUUAAAAACACUUUAUUGUCCUCUUUUUCAUUACUAAUUGUUCAUCUUUGUUUUCUGAAAUUCACAGUUAUACUAUUAGAUAAGAGACGUCUUUAAACCAGCUAUGUAAUGAAGCCUUUUCGACGACGAAGACUUGUCAGAUUUUGACACGAGUUUCACGAUUAGUGUCAAUAGCGGAACUGGAGCUACAACUCUAUAAAUUCAUUCAUUGUUUUGCCGGACUACUGUUAUUCAAUCUUUAGUUUUUACAUGUAAUGGUUGGUGGUUUGUCUUUUCGAUUUUUUCCUUGACCAUGGUGUUUUCUUGUUUUUUUUUUUGGUUUUUUUUUCAGUUCAUGGCUUACUAUAGCCCCUUGGUAUCUUUUUACCUUUCUACAUCACGGAAAUAUUUAAUAGCAAAAUAUGAUAAAAAUGAUGGAAUGCAUUUCUAGCACUCAAUAUCGAUACAUUACACUUCUUCUAAACCUAUUAGUGUUUGAUUGUACGCCUGAAUAAAAUAAUAACAAUAUGUAUAAUUACCUAUUACACAAUACUUUGGAAACUCUACCAGUAAAAUCAUUUCCACUUUAUAAUGGAGGUAAUAGCACAUAAGAAUGGAAAAGUUUUAUCAUCCAUUUGAAUACGCUUUCAUGCAAUAUUGCAAGGUUGUAAAAUUGGAUACUAUUGAUGAUGAGUUUCAUUGUACAUUUUCAUGUACAUUUUUAUAAGGAAAGAAAAACUUUUACCACGCGAUAUUUCCUACAAACAUAAUGUUGAUUUAAAAAAUGCUUAUUAUCGAUACUUAUGAAAUAUGCUUUAAACUUGCAAUUGGUUGUAAAAUUGUGUUAUCAGCUGUUGUCAUAUAUUCUUGCCUGCUUCCUGUAAUUUGUUUGUUUAUUUUACUUCGAUAAUUUGUUGUUUAUAAAUUUAAUGUUCAUCAUUAUGUAUAUGUGUUAUUGUUUGUAAUUAUUCAAAGACCCGUGUUGGGGUUAUGAGAAAUAAAAUACAAAAUACAAAUAAUUAA